UUGAAAAUGGCUUCCGAUGAACAUCGAAAAUUCUAUUACGAUUGGCACGAAGGAAAAUACAAGCUGAGUGAUGAAAAGAUUCAUCGUCUUAAGGAGGUAAAAACAGUAUAUCAGCGUUGAUACAAUCUAGUAUGAACGUUUAAAUAAUCGCCAGGAACCAUUCCGAUUUGGGACCUUUGCUGCCAAGUGGCCCAAGUCUUUGUUUACAUUUUUCUGGUAGAAAAGUUGCAUAUAUUCGCCAUUGUAAUUCCACAAUACCUUCAGCGAUAACGAUCCCCGUUAGUGCAUUUAAAAACGUUUCUGCCUGGACAAUAAACAAGGCAAAAUGUUUGCUUCGACUUUGUUGCAUAUGCAAUUGCAUUUCCCGUGUGAAAUUGACAGCCAAAUAUUAUUAUACAGAUGUUUUUAUUAAAAUUUAAUGAUCCAUAAUUCAUUCUAAUGACUUACAAUUCGCGGCUACUAAAUAAUUCCCAACAAAUACGAAGAGAAAAAUUGAUGUUAUAGUUGUUUUUGUUUUAUUUUUAACCGUCGUUGCGGUGGAAAAGGUUUGACAGACGUAUAUUUUGUAUUUGGGUUCCGAAUUACUGUCAUUUUGUUUUGUUGUUUUUGUGGGAAAAGUCAGAAGGUUGCCAGGCUAUUUGUUUACGUUCAACGUUCGUCUAUUAAACUGAGGUAAAGUAUUAAGUUGUCAAGUGCUCAAGUAUUCAAUAAAUGACUUGAAGGUCUUCGUAGACUUCUUGGAAUUUCUCUUGACUAGAAAUAAUGAUAUGGUUUGGUAUUAAAAUUUAUUGUACUAGAUUUUGUGCCUUGAACGGUUUUGUAGAUAGAAAUUAUCAAGUGUAAAUUUGUAUACAUUUAUUAGGGGCCGAUUACAUGGAGAGUUUUCAGCCCGGACUGAAUUUCAGCCCGGUUAACCGAGCUGAAAUAGCAUCACGAUUACAUGGACAAUUUGAACCCGGGCUGAGUUUUAGUCAGAGCUACAGUAUAUUUAUCCCUUGUAGUAAACAAACCCGGGCUGAAAUCAUACGAUAUCACGAAAGGGAAUAUUCCGCUUGUUUGAGCAUUUAAAACACCGAUUGACUCGACUAUUUGACUUGAGUAAGACUGUGGUUGCAUAUAAAGUAUUAAAGAUGAGACGAAACGCAAAAUAAAGCCAUUUAAACGAUUGUUUUUUUAGCCCGGGCUGAAAUUAUUUGCAAUUACAUGGGAUAUUUCAUCCCGGUUGACAGGACUGACAAUCUCAUCCCGGGUGACAUAAACCGGGAUCAUGAAACUUUCAACCCGGGCUGAAAUUCAGCCCGGGUUGGAAAUUUUUCCAUGUACUAAGCGUAAAAUUCAUUUUAUUUUGAAUUGAUAAGGGGCCCCGGGCUGAAAUUUCAUCCCAGUUUGCCGGGCUGAAAACCUCCAUGUAAUCGGCCUCUUAGACCUAACCAGAAACGGCUGCAAAAAUUAUAUGUCUUCUGUGAUAUAAUCUAGUUGAAGCAUGGCCUCAACAAGAGAAUUUCAAUAUCUCAGACGAAGGCCCCAGUGUGGAAAGUUUGUAUCGCACGGCGGGGAUAUCGGCUGUGCAAUUUAGAUGUUUAAUAUAUAUUUACUAUUAAAUUUUUGAAAUCUCCGGCAUGCAAUUUCCAAACUUUCCAGUCAGGCGAACUGGCCUAUUGCAGGCCGGUCAGGUUUGAUUAUGCCAGAGGACCUACCGACCUAGUACGUAUGUGGUUGCAUUUUUUGCAGCUGUAUAAACCGCUGUAUUUUUCACAUCUAUAAGACCCUUCAACUACUAUUCAAUUGUGUGAGAUCUAUGUUAACCCGCCCUGCUUAUUUUUUUUUACUUGUCUAAACUCCAGACGAUUUUAUGAUUGUCAAUGGUGAAGCUCUGCAGCUUAAUGGGUUAACCAAAAUGACAAUGUCUCUAGUUAACCCAUUGAGCCAUAAUUUUGCCCCAGUGCGCCCUACUUUUUUUACUUGUCUAUACCAGAUGAUUUUAGUCGUCAAUGGGGAUCAAUGGGUUAAGUAAACGAAAUCUUGAUAAUUAUUUACUCAAUGACUCAUAUAUGGCAGUGCCUAAUUAGUUAGUAUUAUUAUAUUUACAUAUAUGAACUAGUUGUGGUUAGCCAAAUUUUUGUGACCAGUAUUACCAAGUAACAUACCUUAUAAUUACAGUAAUACAACAAAAUGUAAUAUUAUUUUCCUAACUAUGAUUUGCCACCCUGUCAACUUUCUCUGUGGGAGGAAACUGGAGCACUGGGCACUGGAAACUGGAGCAACUUUUCACAAGAGUCUGUUGAAAGGCACUAAUGCCCUUCCUGACAACUGUCCCAGAGGAUAUAUUUAACCCACAAUGCAUUGCACCCCAAUCUGCCCAACUUUGCUAAUUUACAGUACUCUCAAUGCCAUCUGGACAAUUUUACUCAUGCAUUAUUGGAGGGCCAAGGUGCUGAAUGGGUUAUCCCAAUUAUCUGGCAGUUAUAUCUACCCUGCCUCAUACCCGGACAUCUCUUUGUAAAAAAAAAACAGCGUUGCGCAUACGACAUGUUUACAUGAAGUAUUGCAGUGGCGAGAGAAGCGCAAAGGGGCUGAUGGCUGCUGACCCGUCCCAACAACCCCUUCGCGCUAAGUGGCCUGCCUGAAUACUUCAUGAUUGUACAGUAAAUAUAAUCAUUUAAAGCACCUGGGUACAAGGCAGGUAUACAUAUCUAUACCCAUGUAUUUACUAAUAGACGACGACUAAAAAAUGGACAAUCUAAAACCAACUGUAAAUUGACACAUCUAUUCGGAAGUCGGAACCCACAAAAACGCACAUGAAAAGGCAUUACCUCAUACUUAUGGAAGGAAGCUUAAUAUUUAUAUAUAGAGAAAUUGUCAGAUGGAGUAAAAAUCCAUGUCGAAACUACUGUGGAGAUACGCAAUAUAUUAGGUGUGCCCACAGUGUUGAACCAAUGCCAUAAGUUAUUAUUUGGAAACAAAAAAUGUCAAAGCUAGGACAUCUCCAAGACUCCUGUCCAUUGACACAAAUAUGAUAUAUCAAAUUAUUCCAUUAAUAGCAGGUCCAUAAUGGACUUCUCUAGCAGUGAGUAAGCCACUGAUAAUAAGUCGGGCCAAGGUGCUGAAUCGGUUAGCCCAAUUAUCUGGCAGUAUCUACCCUGCCUCGUACCCAGGCGUCUCUUUGUAAAAAACCCAGUGAUGCGCAUAUGACGAGUUUACAAUCAUGAAGUAUUGUAGUGGCGAGAGAAGGGGCUGAUGGCUGCUGACCCUUCCCAACAACCUCUUCGCGCCUGCCUGAAUACAUUGAGUACAGUAUUAUAAUUAUUUAAAGCACCUGGGUAUGCGGCAGGUAACUACCCAAUCAUGUGUUUACUAAUGGGCGAGGACUAAAAAAUGGACAAUGACUAAAACCAACUGUAAAAUGAGCUUGAUACAUCUAUUCGGAACCCACAAAAAGGCACACGAAAAGGCAUUAUGUAGCUCACACUUAUGGGAGGAAGCUUAUUUAUAGAGAAAUUGUCAGAUGGAGUAAAAAUCGGCAUGUUGAAACCACUGUGGAGAUACGCAAUAUAUUAAUGUGCCCACAGUGUUGAACCAAUGCCAUAAAUUAUUAUUUGGAAACGAAAAACGUCAAAGAAAAUUCUCACAAUAACUUCCUAGUUAUCUUUUAAAAGAAUAUAUUUCCUUAAUUUGUUGUGAGUAGUAUUCAAGGACAUCUCCAAGACUCCUGUCCAUUCACACAAAUAUGCUGAACUUUGUCCGCAUUUUUAGUCCCCACUCAUCAGUAAUUAUUUAACUCAUUUUAAAAGUUGCAGUGUGACCUAAUAUGCCCCACAUUAUACUUCACUCUGUCUAGCACCACAUGAUUUUACUCAACAAGGGGAGAGUGUUGCCGCUCCAUGGUUUAAAUGGAUUUUUAUCCUUUAGAUGGAUUGUAAGCGCCAUGACCAUGGUUAUAGAAUUGACAAAGACAACGCCGGGUUGUACGUAGAAAAUAGCCACAAUAUGCUGCCUUCAGUAGAUGUUUUUCUCAAGAAGCAAAAUGAGGAUAAGGUGGUCAAAAAUUCAGAUGUUGUUGAUUCAGGUGAAAUUAUAUGAUAUUGACCAUUAUAUGAAUUUAAUCAUUUUAUAAUCACGAAAGCAUUUCGAAAGUGGAGGGGCAUUGACCAAAAGGGGCACUUUUGUAUAUGACCAAAAUCAAACGAUUUUAUGACGUUCACGAGCUGAACGAAAAUUUUUGAAAAUAUGCAGUCUCUAUAACGCCGGAAAUGGCCUUACAGAGUCUUUUUUAAGGCCAGAAAAAGAGCCUUUUUUCACUUUUAAAAAAAGACGGGGGCACAUGCCCUCAUCGACCCCCCCCCCCCGGUUCCGUGGCUCCUGCCCUUAAGCCCUGUUGUGAAAUGUUGGUUUUCUAUGUGACAGCUUUCCAUUUAGUGGCCUGACCGGUCAGACCCAAGUUCUUUUCUCUGUGUCAAUGGAAAGAUCUGGUCUAAUUGUUUCUCAAAUAUCUAGCGAAAAUGGACCUCGUUCUAAUGUUAUCUAACAUUUCUGGUCAGAUAGGUCCGAAGCCCAAAUUUUUUGUGUUUCAUUCAACAAUUUGAUCGUACUGACCGGUCUGGCCGUGUUAAUGGAAAGCGCCAUAUGCUUAGCGUGAUUUAUAACAAAAACGCACCUGGUCCAUUAAAACAGUGUUUUGAAACCCUGGUUUUUUAAAAAAUGUGUUCUCAGAAUGCUGCAAAUGCCAUUUCCAGGAUUCAAAUUUUAAAACUUUUCUGUGCCUUCGGCUUCGGACGAGCCCCCCAAAAUUUCGUAAAGUGUCCGCCACUGAUAACUGCAUGUUAUGUAUGGUGGCGCACAUUUGUGAUAAACUUCAAUCACAGCGCAAGACAAUCUCGACUUGCAAAACGCUUUUGUAAACAAUCAGUGAAUUGCAUUCCAUGUCAUGCAAUGACAAAAAUUUCCUUGUACGAAGUAAGAAAAUUUCCUGCAAAGAUAUUUUGUUAUGAAUUUCCUGCCAACGGUUCUGCUGGAUAUUUUCCAACAAUGCUUAUCGAUCAACACUCGUUAAAAAUUGGAACUACAGUAGUCGAUGACAGUUGACAAGAGUUGAUGGUCAAAAGCGAGCGAGAGUUAUAACUCUCAUCAAUUCUCGUUUCACUAAGGCUUUAUGUGUUGUUAUUAUAUGCUGUUUUAGGUCGAGGUAAUCAAGCAAAUAAAUCUAAGGAAUCACAAACGCGUGAUGGGGUAAGACCAUAGAUAUCUUAUAUACACUAGAUAGUGCAUCUAAUUAUUCUGAAAUUCAAAAAUUGAAGCCGUGAUUGCAGUCUCAGGUCGUUCCCAUAAAAUGAGAAGAUUCGUAUGUUUUCUAUUUCUUAAACAGGGAACUUAAACAUUAAGUUAACCCUAUUCCAAAUACGUUUUUAAAGUUUUCAAGUGAUGAAAGUUAUCGUUGUUUUUAAGCGUUUAUUAGCAAGUGGGAACGACCAACAUGGCCGCCAUCUAUUCAAAUGGGAGUAAUCGCUGGAAUAUUCUUGGCUUCAAUUUUACUAAAAGAGAUGCGCUAUCUAGUGUAUAUAAGAUAUCUAUGGGUAAGACCAAUCCUGGGCCUAACAGUCGUAAACAAUAAUUAGACAGAGGGCAGUUAGUUGCAUUUUUUGAAACUGCUCCUAUAGUUAGGUUUAAAAUUGCACUCGAAAGUUCCAUCAAUACAAAUUCCUUCAACAAUUAGUUAAUAUCAAGUGAGAUGCCCAAAAUCCUAAUAUUUACCCAUACAGCUUACAUUGCCAUCACCUUAGUAUCCAUACAUCUCAAACUCAUUAAUAAUUCAUGAGCAAAUUAGCGAAUGAACUCACCCUAAUUCGUCACAUGAUUGAGGUUGGAUACCGCAAGGAAACACGCUAAAAAUCAUAUACCAUCACUGUUGUUAGAUGAAAAACGGUUUUCAUCUAAUAACUGAGAUCCUAAUUACAAAUUCAAGUCAAAACACAACAAUAUACUAUAAUAAUAUAUAUAUAAGCCAAUGAAAUAUUUUCGUUUGAGAUGUUGUGUAAACAACUCGUUUCUCGUGUUUCAUCAGGGGACCAAACACUCGAAAACAAUAAAACACUCGCGCUCGUGUUUCAUACAGUUUUCUCGUGUUUGGAUCCCCUGAUGAAACACUCAAACUCGUUGUUUACAUACAACAUGAAGUUGUGGUUAGAGCUCGACAACUGUCUCUCUGCAGCUCAGUUGGUUAUAGAGCUCUGCACCGGAAUAGCAGGGCAGCAGGUUCGAUUUCUGCCAGAGGGCCGAUACUGUAGUUGCAUUUUUCAUAACUGUUCCAAUGUAUUUUGAGGGAAGGUGUGGUGUGGCGAGGUGCGCACCUCCCCUGCGAUCGUUUUGCACCUCCCCUGGGAAUUUUUGCACCUCUCCUGAAAAGUCAUGCACCUCCCCUUGGGAAAGUUUUAAUGACAGAUCAACUUGAAAAUUUGACAUUUUUUGGUUGCUUAGAGUCUGCACUUCGUAAGAAAGUUUUUCUGUAAAAUUCAAACGGUGGUAGCCAUUCGUCUGUGUGUCAAGUAGUACCCUUUUAAUGCAAUGUUUUGAAAGAAACUUUCUAUACUGUUGUAAUUGUAACGAAAGACAAAAUUGGAUGAGUUGUACUGUCAUACUGAUACAUACAGUACUCUAUAUGUAUAUGUAUACUACAAUAACUACAUGCAUACGUCACAUCGUUGACUUUGCUCCGUUCUAUAUAAGCCCUAACUUUUCACGGGGGUCGUGACUAGCUAGACCACAAAUCCAAAAAUUCAACGCGAAAUACCCAGCUACAACUUCCUUCAGUAAUUAGACAGAAACUGUAAAUACCAUUGCAUGAUCAUUAAAAUCAACAUAUUUCACCAAAUGAAUUUAGAUUUCUAAAGGACACAAAGUUAUGACAUCCGUAUUGAGUACAAGAUUACUGAGGCUGAAUGCUGCCCAAACACUAUGGCACAAGGUUUGCAGAAUUUGUAAUUUAUAUGCAAAAAUGUUUCAUUAUUUUUAAUUUAAAGCAGCCUUCAAUCUUGUCAUUGAAACGAUAUUAGUAAAAUAUAAUGUUUAUGUUUUAGGAUAUGAAUAGUUUUAUUGAAUAUAUUUUAAGGUAAGUGUUUGAGAGUGACUAGCAUAUAGUUGAUCCAUACUGAUUGAUUGUAUGACUGUUUAACUUAAUUAUUAUAUAUUGAGCUCGCUACCUUGGAGUGUGCAUGUGUUAAGAAUAUGUGACCCCCUUUGCCCCUUGACCAUAAAUGGAGUGCACCCCCAGAUUUCCAAAAUUAGGUCUGGUACAAAAGAAGUGGACUUACUGACACAUUAUGUUUAUUGUAACUGAGUUCGUUAACCCAUUUAGGUGCAUUGCAACCUAUUGGCUAUUAAUUAUUAUUUUACUUUUUCUAAUACCAGAAGAUUUCACUCGUCAAGGGUAAAGCGCUGCAGCUCAAUGCGUUAAUCGGACUGUCUGCCCAUGCAUGUUUCUAGUUAACCAUUAAGUUGCAUGUACCCCAUUGUACCCUUAGGCUAAUUUAUUAUUUUACUUUGUCUAACACCAGAUUAGUUUACUCAGUCUGACGGCAGAACUCCCAGAAGAUUUUACUUAUAUCAAGGGGAAGCUACCUCUCGCCAUGGAUAUACUGUAGUCAAUAGAAUAAGAAGGUUAUAGGGAACUCGAUGCAGGCAUAAUAGACAUGAUUGUCUUGGUUUAUGCACAAAUGGUCGGUUUAUCGUCAUGUGUAUUGUUUUUCGCCCAACCUAUAGUAGUGUGUUGGUUAUUUGCGCAGUCGUGAUAUUACACAAUGUUUAAAUGAAAACAUAGCUAUUUCAUGGUUGCUUUAGCGAAAAUACAAUACACACGUGACGAUGAACCGACCAUUUCUUGCAUAAACCAAGACAAAAACGUAGAUAAUGAGGUUUAUUACAGUAUGUCUGCAUUGAGUUUCCUAACCUUUUUAUUCUAUUGACUAUGCUCUGGUGCUCAAUGGGUUAAUGGUUAAUCAAAAGAUAUAAAACUGUGUAAAUUGCAAUAAUUUAUAUUAAUUAGUACAAAAGAUUAUUAAAAUUAUAUAGGCUUGAUGAUGAUGCUGUAAUUGUGGACAUACUUCCAAUCUUAACAAAAAGGUACUGUCAGACUAGUGUGUAUUUGAAAAUAGAUACGUUUAGAGAGUUUUCACUCAAAAUUCAAGAUGACGGAUUUGAGUCACAAAUUGCUGCUCAAAGGUUUGAAUGAAUCGGGAGGAACUGACUGAUGUGAGGAGGAGGGUUUAAUGUCUAACCCCUAUAUACAGGUGUCGCCGCGUUCUAAUCCGGGAGUGGAGUUUCAAGUGUGAAUGUAUGUACAGUAUGCAAGACUUCUUCCAUCAAACAACCAGCUAGAAUGGCGAGGAUAAGAAUCCAAGGGCGGAUUUUCAUUUUUUUAAAGGAGGGGUGAAGCGAAAUUUUGGUGGAGUUGAACGCUUUAUAAGAGGGGUUAGAGAGAUUCUAGUAGGGUUUAACCCUUCUAACCCAGUAAAUCCGUCCAUGUAAGAAUCAUCUCCGAACCUACAUGUGAUGGAAAGUUCGUGAGGAAUCUGGAGUCGUUCGCUCCAGUGACAGUGUAAACGGGAUCUACUCAUAGAAAUCUUAGACCAAUGUAAAGCAAUUCAGUGCCAGCUAGUAGAAGUUAGUCAUAAUCACAAAACAUGUCUGUGUUUUUGUUCUUUCGUUUCUCUUACGGCGCUAAAAGUGAAUAUAAUAUCAGGAAAGUGUAGAAUGUACAUCAUGUUGACCUAUAUCAUCACUGUACCUAGUACAUGUAUACACUUCCAAACUUCUUCUAAUACAGCAAACACACAAGGAAAUGUAUCAAUUUUCUUUGUUCUUACGGCGUGAUGCUUAAUAUCUCAUAUCUCUAUCUUUGUAAUUACUUUGUGCAUGUGAUUUUCGGCUUAUUAUUUCAUUCAUGUGAACGACUCCGAUACAAGUUCACAACGUACAGAACAAGAAUGUACUGUAAUAGCAAUAAACUUGAACCAUUGGAUCGUACAAGAACAAUUUUUGAAAGGCUGGUCUAAUAUUUCUGCGGAUCUACUGCACAUUCGUCACUUAUAGUACAAGAAAAUUAUAACAAAUAUCCUUCAACAUCCGGGCCAUGGGUAUUCAUCCGACAACCGAUCCCAACAUGUUACAGCAGCUAUUAAUCCGACACAGUAUUCAGAGAUCGUGCAGGUCCUUGAGCUCUUGAAAAGUGUUGAAUAAUCAAGGCACUUGAAAAAAGGACACUUGAAAAACCCGUGCCUAUUUCAAGGGCACUUGAAAACCCCUUGAAAAAUGUAAAAAGUGCUUGAAAAUCACGCAGAAUGCUAUAUUAUUACCGUAGAGCCCCGCUAACUCGAACAAAUGUUCUCCCCCUUGGGGUAAAAUAUAGGGUAUACAGCUUUAAUGGACACCUAAUAUAACGUUUUUUGCCAUGCUGAUAUAUGGAUUGCACGUAUUAGAAUAACAUACAAUCGCAUUCCCUUAUUUGUUUCGGGCACAUAUUUGGGCACAUUUUGCCCUAACAAGCUACAGGUAUCUAAAUAUUGGGAUUCGGUUUCAGACGAAUAACCACUGCGUGGUGUUGGGUAUAUAAUAUAUAAGGUGUCUAAUUAGGUCGUAGAGAUAAAAUAUGUAGCUUAAUUUUGGGAAUUAUAGGAAGAAUUUUAAGAAUAAUGACUAGAACAAUAACAAUGAACAUUCAAUGAGUUACAAUGGAUUCCCUACUACAAUGAAGCUUAUGUAAAUCACUGUGGAAUCGCGUAUAAAAGAUAUUAGAUGGUAACAUUCCCGAUUAUUUAAACGUAACACUGAAGACAAACUCUAGUUACUAGAUAUUCUAAACUUAAUUUUAUUUGCCCUCAUUACAAUAAGAUAUCCGUUAGCGGUCCCACCUUUGCUAAUUUGGAUUCACAGAAAGCAAACGGCUUUACAGUAGAAACCGCGGAUCUUUCCUGUUGUUCGAAAAAACGUGCGAUGUUAAAACAUUCAGGAAUGUAAAUACAUUCCUAACGGCGUGAAAAUGCAUACACCGUCAAUACACCGUGCAUACAAAUUAUAUUGACAUAGCUAAAACUAGUUUCACAUUCUAACAGCAAUAGGCGAAUGAAUGUAGUUGCAUUCAUGAGAUCAAUGUUUUGACACGAAACACACACAAAAAAAAACAUGACACGUUUUCCUUAAGCAUGACAGAUGUUCAAUGAUUAUUUUAGAGUGAAGGAUGAUGGUCCUGAAUUAUCCACGCUAUCAAUGGGUGCAUGUCUCGACUUGCUGCCUGUUCUUGGAAAGUUGCUGGAUUCCAAAUAUGAAGAGUAUGAACUAACCUGUCUUUAGUUUCAUGGAAAAGUUCAAAAUUUUCUGGUCUUUGAGUAACUGGAUUAGCUUUGAGUAACUGUAUUACUAACAAGCUAACACAACAACAUAUGUUUAUUUUGUUUAGUUACAUUAUCGCGGCCAUAGACAUGGUACGCGAGGUAAUGAAACGAUGGUGGAAAGAACUACAGACUAUAGGAAAGAACGAAAAGAAAGAUAUUGGAAAAGAUUUUAGGUGUAGCAGGUACGGAACAGUAUAUGCAGUCGAUUCUCUUAAUAUGGAUGGAAUACGCAUACCUCUUCAAUAAGUAGACUUCCCUAGUACGGACACCUCCCUAAUACAGACACCUCUGUAAUACGGACACCUCUCUAAUAUGGACACCUCUCUAAUACGGACACCUCUCUAAUAUGGACACCUCUCUAAUACGGACACCUCUCUAAUACGGACACUUCUCUAAUAUGGACACCUCUCUGAUACGGACACUUCUCUAAUAUGGACACCUCUCUGAUAUAGACACCUCUCUAAUAUGGACACCUCUCUGAUAUGACACCUCUCUGAUACAGACAUUAUCUAACACGGACACCUCUCUAAUACAGACACCUUUCUAAUAUGGACACCUCUCUUUACGGACUUCUCUCUAAUAUAGACAUCUCUCUAAUAUGAACACCUCUCUAAUACGGAUAUCUCUCUAAUACAGACACCUCUCUAAUACGGACAUCUCUCUAAUACAGACACCUCUCUAAUAUGGACACCUCUCUAAUACAGACACCUCUCUAAUACAGACAGUAUCUAACAUGAACACCUCUCUAAUACGAACACCUCUCUAAUACGAACACCUCUCUAAUAUGGACAUCUCCCCAAUACGGACACCUUUCCAAUACGGACAUCUCUCUAAUAUGGACAUCUCUAAUACGGGCACCUUUCCAAUACGGACAUCUCUCUAAUAUGGACAUCCCUCAGAUACAAACGGCUCCCUAGUACGGACAACCUCUUUUAUACAGACACCUCUCUAAUACGGUCACCUCUUUAAUUCCGGACAUCUCUCUAAUACAGACACCUCUCUAAUACAGACAUCUCUCUAAUACAGACAUCUCUCUAAUACAGACAUCUCUCUAAUACAGACAUCUCUCUACUACAGACAUCUCUCUAAUACAGACAUCUCUCUAAUACAGACAUCUCUCUAAUACGGUCACCUCUCUAAUACAGACAUCUCUUUGAUACGGUCACCUCUUUAAUUCCGGACAUCUCUCUGAUACAGACACCUCUGUAAUACAGACAUCUCACUAAUACAGACAUCUCUCUAAUACCUAGACAUCUCUCUAAUACAGACAUCUCUCUAAUACAGAAAUCUCACUAAUACAGAAAUCUCUCUAAUACAGUCACCUGUCUAAUACGGUCACCUCUCUAAUGCAGACAUCUCUGUAAUACAGACACCUCUGGAACGGACACAUGGUAAUACAGAAAUCUAUCUAAUAUGGACACUGGCUAGUAUGGUCUAAUACACGGACACCUCUCUAAUACUGACACCUCUCUAAAAUACCUCUAUAAUAUGGACGCAACUAUAACACGUACAUCUCUGUACUUAUACGGGCACAUCUCUAGUAUGGUGACCAUAGAUAUGGUUUAAUUCUGUAUUUAUAUUGUUCUUACAGAAGCGUGAAUGGUGUAUAUAUGCUUCUUAUAUCUAUGACGGAUCGUCUUCGAGUGUUGGCAAAACGAAGUGGAAAGAUUGGCGAAAAAGCAAAGGUUAGCCUGGGUAGAUUGGCCCAAUUACUUGUACCAACGUGCUCCAAGUUCAGUCCUCGCGAUUUUGAUAAAUCCUCGUCAUUGACAAAUCCUCGUCGGCGAACGGUUGCCAUCAAUAUUCUUAUUUUAGUAAUCGCAAGGCCGCAGAUUCAAUUCCUUCCAGGGACCUAUAGCAGUGGUGCCUAAAUUACUUUGAAUUUGUGCUCGAGUAAAAGUAGAAGUAAUUAACAAUAAAACGACUUGAGUAAUAGUAAAAGUACUGGAGGCAAAACGUACUUAAGUAAAAAGUACAAAGUAUCUUUAAAAAAUACUUGAAGUACACAGUAAAAGUAAAGUACUUUUGUCUAUAGCGUGUUGUUUGUUUGUUUUUUUUUUGGGGGGGGAGGAUUUCUCCAAUGGAUUUACAUAUACAAAAGACACAAAACAGCACACGCAUAUUAUAUGCGCGCACCAUAAUAUACAAUAUUUCACGGCAUGGUCAACUUUCCAGACCCCGUUGAAGAUAUAAGAAAUCCAUUAAAUAAAUAAUGCUUACAAGUAAGCCACAAACGAGAGAUCCCAGACGCAUGUAGAGGUCCUAUUACCUAUCCCAAAAUUAAAAUAAAUCAGGAAUAAAACACAUAAAAUUGAACAAAUGUGAGAAAGUAACGAAAUGCUUCGCCACAAAUUGAAAAUAACGAAGUAAAACGUUACUUGUUAAAACGACUUCAUUCCAAGUAAAAGUACUCCAGAAAAAGUUUACUUUUUUACAUGCUCACUUCUCAAAAAUAGUACUCAAGUACAGUAACGAAGUACAUUUACUUCGUUACUUGACACCACUGGACCUAUAGUUGCAUUAUCGUAACUGUUCCUGAUUAGAUUUAAUAAAAUGUAUAUAAAUUCCCACUCGACAAUUUCCAUUUACAACACCCUUCAACUAUUAUUGUAUCGAGUGAGUUAAUGGACCAUUUGCAUUAUAGACUAAAUUUUGGUCUAGACAAAAAUUUCAUCACAGCUUGAAAGAGCAUCACAAAAUUAGUAAUAUUCCAAAGUUUCGUUGCGAAAUGUUGUAGAAUUCGGAUAAUAUAGCCUUGCAAAAUUUGCAAUUUUCAGUCAUUUUGUAUUACAAACGGGAAACUGAUGCCCCAACACCCGAUUGGGCUGUCAAUUUCCCGUGCGUAAUACAACAUGACUGAAAAACGGCAAACUUCGCAAGGCUAUAUUAUCCGCAUUUUACAACAUUUCGCAACGAAACUUUGGAAUAUUACUAAUUUUGUGAUGCUCUUUCAAGCUGUGAUGAAAUUUUUGUCUAGAUCAAAAUUUAGUCUAUAAUGCAAAUGGUCCAUUCUCACUUCUGAACCCUUGUACUAUAUAUUCGAUACUUUGACUCACAAUAUUUUCAUUGUAACUUUUUUCUUCAUCAAGGUACUUCAAGAACUGAUGGCUUUGUUAUAACCUAUGAAAACUGAACAGAGUUCUUCCAAGGCGAAUAUCUAAGAACCCAUACUGUAUUUGGAGAAACGUAACUGAAGAAGAUUACAAAAAUGCAAGAUACGCAGACAUCUUAAAAUUAAAACUUAUGUCGUAACGGUGAUAUAUACCAUUGAUUCAUGACUGGGUCGUCCUAGAUAGUGUGUAGCUAGUGUAUAUCCAGAGCAUUCACUUCGCAACUAAAUGACGCGUUUGCAUCGGGAUAAAUUGCAGUUGAACUAGCUGGGACUAGAAGUGUAAUCAGAAUAUUCAUAUCAAAGUAUUCAACCUUCGAUCAUCAUUUGAAUAUUCAAACGUUGCUCAAAGAACAAUUAGUUUCCUAAUACAAAAAUUAGGAUUUGGGUCAUCUAACAAAUUAUGUCCCAAAAUCCUUUGUAUUUACCCAUACACCUUAAUUGGUAUCACCUUGCGGUUAGAGAUCGAUAACUGGCCUCUGUAGCUCAGUUGGUUGGAGCGCUGCACCAUAAUCGCAAGGCCGCCUUCAAUUCCUACCAGAGGGCCUAUAUAAGAUAUCUAUGGCCUAUAGUUGUGUUUUUCGCAACGAUAAAACCCAUCUACAAUAUAGUACACAAAUUAUUUUAUUGUGGCUUUAAGUGAACACUUUGACUUGUACAUUUUAACGCCUUCAGUGUCAUAUAUACAUGUUAUAAAACAAGCUCUGUGUCAAUGAGCUCCAUAUACAGUGUGUAUCAGUCAGCUGGGGAAAAUGGUAUUAAAACUGUUUACGACCUUCAUAGACAGUUUUGAACGUCAAUUCCGCCAUCCAGUCUUCGCUUCUCUCAUGGGCCGUACGACUGAAGUUCUAUGCUUCAGAUAUAUAGACCUUAGAAUUUAAUAUAUUUGUCAUUUUUAAGAUUUAUUUAAUAUAUAUGUAAAUAUAUUGUAAUAAAUAGAAUGUGUAAUUCUAA